AUGGAUCAUGUCAAGAAUUUCUACCAUAUGAUCUUGGAAUCAUCACACCCUCUAACUAUGGGCUUGCAUCUGAUCGGAAAGGCAGCUCCUAUUGUUUUUUACUUGAUAGGAUCAUGGUUUAUGAGCUUCACAGCCCAGUUCAUUGCGGUUUUACUUUUAUUGGCCGGGGACUUUUACAUUACCAAAAACAUAACAGGCCGCAAGCUUGUGCAGCUACGGUGGUGGUAUGACUCUGUAAACGCGGAGAGCGGACCAAUGUCUUUUGAAUCGCAUAAGCAGUACGCCCCGGGCCCCCCUAUAAAUCCCAUAGAUUCGAAAUUAUUUUGGACGUCGGUCUACGUUGCCCCCGUUGUUUGGAUUAUAUUUGGGGUGAUGUGUCUAUUGCAAGCUAAAUUGCUGUACCUGGUUUUGAUUGCCAUGGCUAUAUGUUUAACCGGUUGGAAUGCGCAAGGCUUUAGAAAUUGUGACAAGUGGGAUCCAUCUGCCCAGGAAGGGCAAUCCGACAGUUGGUGGCAACUACCUAACGUAGGGAGUCUUGAAAACCUUGGAAGGCUUGCAAGGCUCCAAAAUAUGUUCAGGUCGACUUAG